AUGGCGACGUCCCAGGCAACGAUGAGUGAUGCUGAGCUAGCUCAGCAUAGGAAACGUCAGCGUCUUAUAUCAGCUCUCAUGUGCUUGCGAGCGAGGCGUUUGUCUGCCGAAAUGCAAUUUGAGCUGGACAUCGAGGUGGAAACAAGCAUAUCAAGUGAGAUUGAGCAGCGGCUGAACUCAAACGAAUUCAUCGUAGCCGCUAUUAUGGCCAGCAGUUUGUCCAAAGUGAAUCGACGCCGGUGGGUGUUUGAGCGCAACGAAAGGUGGUUUGAGGACACAUUGCCACAGUUAGGGGAGUUUCAUUUUAAGCAAACCUUCCGUGUUUCCCCAACUACCUUCAGGUACCUAGUGGAAUCGCUUCCGACUCUCGAGCGCGAGAACACGGAAAUGCGGGACGCGAUAACACCCGAGAAACGAGUGGCUGUUGGCCUCUACAGAUUGUGUUCAACGGCGGAAGAUAGGACGAUCGGGCAUUUGUUUGGCAUAGGGCGCUCUACUGUGAACACCAUUUUCAAAGAACUCUGCGAUGCUGUCAUUAUGCACCUUGAAGGCCAGUGGCUGUGCAUGGUGCGCCCACACGAGAUGCCGCAGCAUAUGCGGGAGUUCUAUGCUGCGAGUGGAUUUCCGCACGCUGUUGGCGCCCUAGACGGCUGCCACUUUCCAGUGUCGCCACCGAAGCAGCAUGCUGCUGUCUACUACAACUACAAGGGGUGGUACAGCAUCAUACUCCUUGCAUUGGUUGACCACUUGUACCGGUUCAGGUACAUCAACCUGGGGAGCCCUGGGAGGUGCCAUGACGCUCACGUGUACGGGCGCUCAAGACUGUGUGCUCUCGUUGAUGGUGAAUACUUUCGUUCACCCGUGACCACUAUUGAAGAAACGCCUGUCGCACCAGUGAUAUUAUGUGAUCAGGCAUUCCCCCUCACAACAAACCUCCUCAAACCGUUCCCAAACCCACCAAAAGAAACACCACAAGCUAUGUUCAACUAUAACCUCUCGAGAACGACGAGAGUUGUAGAAAAUGCAUUUGGGAGACUGAAAGCACGUUUCAGGUUUGUUAUGAAGCGUAUGGAGUGUCGUCUGCCUACGGCGAAGCGUGCUAUCAGGGCUGCGUGCAUACUGCACAACGUUUGUGAGGCCCUCAAGGACAACGUGGAGCACGAGUGGGAGCGAGAAGCACGCAUGGUCGAUGCCAAGUAUGGACAACCGUCUCACAGCACAAGUGUUUCCACUGACAGGGGCCAUGAAGUGAGAAACGCACUCAUGAACUACUUCUGGAGACGUUCUCCGCACGUGCCAUAA